CCUCCUGGAGCCUCAGACAGCAAUCGCUCUUGCUUUCAGACCGAGAGAAAGAGAGACAGAGGACGCAGGCACUUUGCAAGCAGCUGCCCAGCCGAGACGACCCGACGCACCGCCGCUCCCUCGCAAGCUAGCGGCGAGCUUUCCCCGAACCCACCAGGACAAGGCGAGCCGCUCCGGCCCAGACUCCACGCCGCUUUUUACAACCAGGAACAAGCAGCCCGAGCAUGCUCGCAAGGAUGGGACCCGGCAGUUUUGCCUUGGCGCUCCUCAUCGCCCUCUUCGGCCGGGAGGUGGCCGGCCAAGACUGCAGCGGGCAAUGCCAGUGCCCGGCGGCGCCUCCCGAGUGCCCGCCGGGGGUGAGCCUGGUGCCAGACGGCUGUGGCUGCUGCCGGGUGUGCGCCAAGCAGCUGGGCGAGCUGUGUACCGAGCGGGAUCCCUGCGAUCACCACAAGGGGCUCUUCUGCGACUUCGGAUCCCCGGUCAACCGCAAGAUCGGAGUGUGCACCGCAAAGGAUGGUGCCCCCUGUGUGUUUGGAGGAAUGGUGUACAGGAGUGGGGAGUCCUUCCAGAGCAGCUGCAAGUACCAGUGCACUUGCCUGGAUGGGGCAGUGGGCUGCGUGCCUCUCUGCUCCAUGGGUGUCCGCCUGCCUAGUCCUGACUGCCCGUACCCCCGAAGAGUAAAGCUGCCUGGCAAAUGCUGUGAAGAAUGGGUGUGUGAUGAGCCCAAGGACAAGGAGCAGACCGCGGUUGGACCUGCUCUUGCUGCAUAUAGAUUGGAAGACACUUAUGGACCUGACCCAUCGUUGAUGCGUGCCAAUUGUUUGGUCCAGACCACCGAAUGGAGUGCUUGCUCAAAGACUUGUGGAAUGGGCAUCUCCACCAGAGUCACCAAUGACAAUGCCUACUGCAGACUAGAGAAGCAAAGCAGGCUGUGCAUGGUGAGACCUUGCGAAGCAGACCUGGAGGAGAGCAUCAAGAAAGGCAAAAAGUGUAUUCGUACUCCCAAGAUCUCCAAGCCCAUCAAGUUUGAGUUGUCUGGCUGUACCAGUGUGAAGACAUACCGAGCCAAGUUCUGUGGUGUCUGCACUGAUGGGCGUUGCUGCACCCCCCACAGAACAGCCACUCUCCCUGUGGAAUUCAAGUGUCCCGAUGGUGAGGUCAUGAAGAAGAGGAUGAUGUUCAUCAAAACCUGUGCAUGCCACUACAACUGCCCUGGGGACAAUGAUAUCUUUGAGUCUGUGUAUUACAGGAAGAUGUACGGAGACAUGGCAUAAAGCCAAACAAGGGACUCUUAAACUUGACCGUCAACUUGAACUGAUAAUUGCAUCUCAUUUUGUAAAACCUGAUUCAAUAGCACAAGUUAUUUAAAUAUUUUUUAAAAAAAAUCAGUCUGUUCCAUGUGACUUAAAACAGAAGUGUCUACUGACCCCAAACUUUGGUUUGAAGGAAAAAAAAUAAGAUGGACAGUGAGGAACCACAGAAAACCUGUGCCUCAGAAUAGAGUAUACUGUUUAUGGGGAUGAUAUAUAGGGAUUGCUGAAGGAGAUGUGCACUCUCAGACAUAGUGCAAUUGAAAAAGAGCCUUAGGGAGGUUAUCAGCAUGUGUUUCUGUGCUGGUAAUUGUUGGACUGGAACCCUUCACCCACCAAGGUGCUAAGUAAUGAUGUUCUAACAUCAGAGCAGCAAGAAUUCUGCUUUUUGAAGUUCUGAUUCAAGUACAUUCUUUCAAAAUGAAUUGGUCUUGGGUGUGUUAGACUGGACAGCUUGUACAGUGAACUUGCCUGUUACAAGCUAGAUUUUUUUAAUAUUGUAAAUAUUGUAUGUGUAUAUAUAUAAAUAUAUUUGUACAGUUAUCUAAGUUAAUUUAAAGUUUUAUUGCCUUUUUAAAUGCUUUGAUACAUCAGUGUUAGCCUCUCCUCUCCUUUUUAACAGCUUGUCUGAUCCAAUACAUUCAACCAUUGAAAUAGAUAAUAGGGGUUCUUUUCAGUUAAUAGGGGGGGGGGAAUAGUGAACUGAAUUGAUGAUUUACUGAAAAAGAGGUACCCUCAUGUCCUUUGGAAGCAUUUCAUCAAAUUGGGGGUAAGAAGGGUCUUAAUGGCCCCAAGCUAAGAAGAGCAGUUCAUUGAUCAACUACUAUCUUUCUUCCCAGAGACCUUUGUUUCUUUCUUUGACCAUGGCUGUUUUGGGGACAGUUUGUUACAUGUUGAGAAAUGUGACCAAAAGUUACAUGUU